UUGCCUUUAUCGCGCAGGUUGUUUCUUUGCUUUCUUUAUAACAUGUUGGGGCGGUUAGCUGGACCAGCUCGCGAACUUGCCAAGGAGUGACGGAGCGCGAGAGCGUUUCGCUAGCUAGCGCUAUUAGCGUCACGUUACUGUGGAUGGCUGAAGGCAGAGGGUGUUUUAAGCGGGAAAGGUGUGAAGCGAAGUACAUAUAUGUGCUUGUCAGUUAAGACUAAUAGCCUGUGUUCUUGCACUUCGGGAUCAUAUCAGUCGCAUGCCACUCUCAUUACAACGCACAUUUGAGGCGAAGAGGCUAAGCUGCCCUAACGAGGUAUCGGCCAGGGGUGUGGAAUACAGCUGCAGCCACCUGCACUCAGGAGUUAACCGGUUUAUUUCCUGGAACGACAAUGGACCCAGGACAGGAUUUGCUUCUUGCAGCCCUUAGUGAGAGUGGGAUUUGCCCAAAUGACCUUUUUGACAUUGAUUCUCAGGACACUGUCCAGUCUCCUGCCUCUCAGCAGGUAAAAAAUGCCCUUGACAUUGGUCUAGGCAGUGAUGCAGCUGGGAUUGUUAGAAUUGAACCCGCUGUGCCACCAACACCCACUGUCACAAUCAGACAAAAGCCUCAGCCCUCGACCACCACGUUUGUCUUAAACCAACUGAAUCAGUUACCGUCACUGGGAGCCAUGGUCGUCACCAAGCCUUCGGUGGUGACCACGUCCAGACAGACCAUCACAGUAACCAAGGUGGUGCAAAUGGCAUCAUCGGCCCAGCGCAGCGCCUCCUCCUCCUCCUCGACCACCGCCGCGCCCACUGUCUGUGCUGUGGCCCCGCCCAGCCGUGAGCAGAUCAAGCUCAAGGAUCUGCUCAAGCCCAGCAGCCUGAAGACGAGCAGCCUCGGAGAGCUCAUGAAACUGAAGCCCCCACCCGAUAUAGCUCAGCCUGUUGCCACGGCCACGGGCGCUAUGGAGGUCAACAAUGGCAUGAAGAAAGACGUGUCGACCAAAGAUGUUGCCAGAAUAUGGGUCAACGAUGAAAUAAAAAUGCGGAGCUUCUCACCUGUAAAUAAGCUACCUGGAAUGAAGGAGGAUGAGGAGCCUGAGGAGGAAGAAGAAGAGGAGUUAGGCCAUGCGGAGACCUAUGCAGAAUACAUGCCAAUGAAAUUGAAAAUAGGACAGCGACACCCUGACCCUGUGGUGGAGACUAGCUCCCUCUCAAGUGUCAACCCUCCCAAUGUGUGGUACAGACUUUCCAUUCCAGAGGAGUCGAUCGACAGAGGCUGGCUUUCUGCUCUUCAGCUCGAGGCUGUCACGUACGCCUGUCAGCAACAUGAGACAUUCCUUCCAAAUGGGGACAGAGCAGCUUACCUGAUUGGUGAUGGUGCUGGUGUUGGAAAGGGGAGAACCAUUGCUGGCAUUAUAUAUGAAAAUUAUCUUCUUGGCAGGAAAAGAUCUCUCUGGUUUAGUGUCUCAAAUGAUUUGAAAUAUGAUGCAGAAAGGGACUUAAGAGACAUCGGCGCAAAAAACAUUCAAGUCCAUUCAUUAAAUAAGUUUAAAUAUGGAAAAAUCUCUUCCAAACACAAUGGAAGUGUAAAAAAAGGCGUGAUCUUUGCCACAUACUCUUCCCUGAUCGGAGAAAGCCAAUCUGGUGGAAAGUACAAGACAAGAUUCAAACAAUUACUUCACUGGUGUGGAGAGGACUUUGAUGGUGUGAUCAUUUUUGAUGAGUGCCACAAAGCCAAAAAUGUCUGUCCUAUCGGGUCCUCAAAACCCACUAAGACUGGACUGGCAGUCCUUGAGCUCCAGAACAAGCUGCCAAAAGCACGGGUUGUAUAUGCCAGCGCUACAGGAGCCUCGGAGCCACGGAACAUGGCUUACAUGAAUCGUCUGGGGAUCUGGGGGGAAGGAACUCCUUUUAAAGAGUUUACAAAUUUUAUUCAAGCUGUUGAAAGAAGAGGUGUUGGUGCCAUGGAAAUUGUUGCCAUGGAUAUGAAAUUGAGAGGCAUGUACAUUGCUCGACAACUGAGCUUCCAGGGCGUGACUUUCAAGAUUGAGGAAGUUCCCCUGACACAAGAGUACAUCAAGAUGUACAACAAGUCAGUCCGUCUGUGGGUGAGUGCGAGGGAGAAGUUCCAGCAAGCAGCCAACCUGAUGGAUGCUGAGCAGCGCAUGAAGAAGUCGAUGUGGGGUCAGUUCUGGUCUGCCCACCAGCGUUUCUUCAAGUACCUGUGCAUCGCCUCCAAGGUCCGAAGGGUGGUGCAGCUCGCCAGAGAGGAGGUUAAGAACGGAAAGUGCGUGGUCAUUGGUCUGCAGUCCACAGGCGAGGCUCGGACGCUGGAGGCCUUGGAGGAGGGUGGAGGCGAACUCAAUGACUUUGUGUCCACUGCAAAGGGUGUCCUUCAGUCACUGGUGGAGAAGCACUUCCCUGCUCCAGACAGACAGAAGCUCUUUAGCUUGCUGGGUAUUGACCUGUCUGCAAAGAAAACGCCUUCACCAGCAGAAACCACAGCACAGCAGAAGGGAAAAAAGCGGAAAGGUCCAGACGUUAAGAAGCAAGUGAAAAAGGCACGUAAAUCUGGAGGGCUUUCAGGAAGCAGCUCAGAUGAGAGCAACUCUGAAGACUCGGACAAAGAGGCCGAGAGCGAUGACAGCUUCGAGUCAGUCAGCUCAGGAGAUGACGACGACGACUUCAAUCCAUUUAAGGACGAUUCCAGUGAAGAUGAGGAGGAUGAUCCCUGGCUAAUUCGAAAAGACUCUAAGAAGGGCAAAGAAAAGAAGAACAAGAAGAAGAAAAGGAGCAUAGACCCAGACUCCAUUCAAAGUGCCUUGCUCGCCUCUGGGCUCGGGUCAACCAGGCCUGCCUUCACGGCACCAGCCCUAAAGUCCCUCUCCAAUAACUCCGUUCCUACUGCUAAAAACGAACCAGAAGAGAGUAGCUGCGUGACCAGUCACGAUGCCGUAGAGGAUGCCCAGCAGAUGAAGAGGGAGCUGUUGGAACAGCUGGAGAAACUGGCCGAGCACCUGCCUCCCAAUACGCUGGACGAGCUCAUCGAUGAGCUGGGGGGCCCUGAGAGUGUUGCAGAGAUGACUGGACGCAAAGGCAGAGUAGUCAGCAACGAUGACGGCAGCAUUUCGUACGAGUCCAGAUCAGAACUGGACGUUCCAGUAGAAAUCCUGAACCUCACGGAGAAGCAGAGGUUUAUGGACGGAGAAAAGAACAUCGCCAUCAUCUCCGAGGCAGCCAGCUCUGGUAUUUCACUCCAAGCGGACCGUAGAGUGAAGAACCAGAGGAGGAGGGUGCACAUGACGCUGGAGCUGCCCUGGAGUGCAGACAGGGCCAUUCAGCAGUUCGGUAGAACACACAGAUCGAACCAAGUCACUGCACCAGAGUACGUGUUCCUCAUCUCCGAGCUUGCUGGAGAACAGAGAUUUGCCUCUAUUGUUGCCAAAAGAUUAGAGAGCCUUGGUGCACUCACCCAUGGAGACCGAAGAGCCACGGAGACCAGAGACCUCAGUCGGUUCAACUUUGACAACAAAUAUGGCAGAAACGCUCUUGAGAUCGUUAUGAAGUCCAUUGUGAAUCUGGAUUCUCCUUUGGUCUCCCCCCCCUCUGACUUUGAAGGGGAUUUCUUUAAAGAAAUCCGCAAUGGAUUAAUUGGUGUGGGAUUGAUUAAUGUGGAGGACAGAUCUGGCGUCCUAUCAUUGGAUAAAGAUUACAACAACAUUGGAAAGUUCUUGAACCGGAUUCUUGGAAUGGAAGUUCAGCAACAGAAUGCCCUCUUCCAGUAUUUCUCGGACACUUUGAACGCCGUCAUUCAGAAUGCCAAAAAAAAUGGCAGAUAUGACAUGGGAAUUUUGGACUUGGGUUCGGGAGAUGAGAAAGUUAAAAAGGUGGAUGCCAAGAAGUUCUUGACACCAGGAUACUCCACAUCAGGACAUGUCGAGCUUUAUACGGUGAGUGUGGAGAGGGGAAUGUCAUGGGAGGAAGCCACACACAUCUGGGCAGAACAGAAUGGACCUGAUGAUGGCUUCUACGUGCAGGUACGGAAUAACAAGAAAAUAGCUGUCCUGGUGAAGGAAGUCAACCCCAAAAAGAGACUCUUCAUGGUGUACAGACCGAACACAGGGAAGCAGCUUAAACUGGAAACGUACGCAGACAUUCGGAAGAGAUGUAAAAAGGUCCUUUCAGAUGACGCCAAGCAGUGCUGGAUUGACCAGUACAAGUCCUCAGCGGACGUGUGCUCUCAUGCUUACUGGCGUGGGAACUGUAAGAAGGCCUCUGUGGGACUGCAGUGUGAGGUGGGGCUGCGCUGCAGGACUUACUACGUCCUUUGCGGCUCCGUCCUCAGCGUGUGGACCAAAGUGGAGGGAGUCCUAGCCUCCGUCAGCGGAACCAACGUCAAGAUGCAAAUUGUCCGGCUGAGGACGGAGGAUGGGCAGAGAAUAGUGGGCCUAAUCAUUCCAGCGACUUGCGUGGCCCCUCUGACCAACAUCCUGUCCUCAUCGGACCAGUCACAGCAGGUGGCCGUGCGGGAGCAGCAGAUAUGGCAGCAGCUGCACCCACAGAGCCUCAGCCACUCAGCCAACACAUAGCACGACUGCGCUCGCUCCCCUCCCCUCACCUCCCCCUGGGGCAGGAGCAGACACGGCACCCCCAGCCAGGCGUCAUAAGCCAGCCUCCCCUCCUCAUUCUCCCCGAUGGCAUGCUAUGAGGAUGAACGCCCUUGCUUGGUGUUUAAUAAUUCAGGGUUCAUGUCCAAAGACGCCCCCCCCCCCUCAAAAAAAAAAAAGCUUGAUGGACUUCAGACUGAAAAGCUGGAAGGUUUCUAGGCUGAAGGAGCAGCAGGGUGUGACGUGCUGGGAGAAGGGGAGACGUUGGUUCGGACUGCUCCUUUUCUUUAAUUGGACUGUCUAGUGCCAGUCUGCCUGCCUGUGUUCGCCACUGAUAACAUUCUGUACGGCGGGCUGCGAAGUCACCCAUUCUCCUCGUUUGCACAGGUCAGCGCUCAGGGGUUAAACUUCACAUCAGUCCUCUCCCCUCCCUCGAAAUGCACUGCAUGCUUUGCCUUACGCUCGGACCCCACCCUCCGCUCGAUCAUCUCUCAGCGGGGUAUUCCAUCAUUUUUGCACAGGGACUUCUCAGUGUUUCAGGUCAUUUUGAUGUGUGUUUUUAUUUCAUGGGUUGUGGUUGUACAGAAAUUAACGUCUUUUGGCUUUCCAGUGGCAGAGAAGGCGAGCGCACUCGUGUCCAAAAUGAUCUUGCUGGGAGUCCAGCUUAAUUCAAGUCCUAAGAUAAGAGUUGUGAUUCUUUUUUCUUUUUUUAAAAAAUCUGGCUAGUUUGCUGGUACAUGACAUGCAUUUCCAUUUUUGUUGUAAAAUGAUCCUAAAAUAGUAACUUCACCUUGACUGUCCUUGCUACACCAUUAAAAUGACUUGAGCAGAUGCAGGUGCAGAGUUUGUGUUGAAGUUCCUCAUGCCUAAUUUUGGGCUGCAGUGCAGUACUUGCAGAAAUGCCAGCCUUCCAACAUCACAGCCCCACUGUGACAUUUUGCAGUGCACUUAAGUCUAUUAAGGUAGUCUGCAAACGUUGGGAAAAGAUGUGUAUUGGUGCAAAAAUGCUGGAGUAUCCCUGUAAUCUACUCCCAGGGACUGCUGGCUCUUCUUUGGGUGACUAAAGUAUCUUUACUCUCCCCUGAAGACUUCUUGAUUUCUCUGGUAUCUGGAACUGUUGUGAUGCAUGGUUUUUGUUUUGUCUGUUUCGAAAGAAGGGAAGUAGAAGACUAAUUGUGUUUAAUUAAAAAAAAAAUCUCGCUGCUUUGCGCUGUCUAGGUUUUGCAUUUUAAAGGAGGCAAGGGUGUUGACUUAACAGUGAGGGUGUAAAGGGGGUGGCCGCCGUGUAAGGCCACAUCAUUGCUGCCCACCAUUUUCUUGUUGCAUUUCUUGUUUCUUGCUUUUAAUAUUUGCUGUCAUAGGAAACGUUUAAUGUACUUGGAGGACUAUAAGGCCUUGUCCCACCCCAUUAUUGCUGUAAAUGUUGACAGGGUAGGUGCAAAUGCUAGAAAUCUCCAUUACUAUAUCUGUAUAGUUGCAUAUCUAAGGUCAUGUUUUACUUAAAUUGUAGAUGUUGGAAAAACUUUAAGGACAAUGUCAUUUCAUUCUUGCACAAGUUGCACUACUGAUGGAGCUGUUGUACAAACACAAUAUGAAAAUUGAGCUGAGUGCAAGAUCUCUACCUCUUGCAUACGACCAAUAAAUCUUGUGGUUUAAGUUGA